AUGGCUAUGACAACAUACGCGGCGAACUGUCACUGCGGACGUGUGCAAUUCACCGCAACGCUCCCAGACAUCACCACCAAUGCAGUCGUCCGAUGCAACUGCUCCAUCUGCAGCAAGAACGGCUACCUGCUUGUCUACCCAAAAGCGAAAGACGUCAAGUUCACUGCCGGCGAAGGGCGCCUGGGCGAGUACCGCUUCGGCAACAAGAAGAAGCCGCAUAAAUUCUGCAUGUUGUGUGGCACCAGCAUCCUGAUUGAUUUCUCAAGCUCCGACUUCGAGGCCGAGAAGGAGUAUACCGCAGUGAACAUCCGCACUUUUCAAGGAAUCGAGGAUCUCAUGGAUAAGCUCAAGUUUCGCGAUGUCGACGGCAAGAACAAACUCCAACCGCCAUACUCCAUUCCCAGAGUGCAAUAG